GCAUGUGGUUCCUGUCUGUGCUGUGUGCUGGGGUCUAAAAAUUAACGUCUAUUAUUUUCGGAACUGCCACUCAUGCGACGAGACCUCAAUGGGAAGGACGAGGAAGCUAAAGGAGGUGAAUCAGAAUUACCAUGUUAUCUCCGACGACGAAGGCAACUCCAACGAAGUCAGAACAGACUUUUUGACUUCUGAUAAUUUUUGCAUUGUCCAGAAGAAGAAACACACUAGGAAAAAUUCUGAUGGCGAAAAUGAAGUUAAGCUACCACGGUCACGUUGUAACUCUGGCAAAAAUUUUAAUCUGGCUGCAGAUGACAGUUCGACUUCCGACGGAGGAAAAAAUAAUCAUACCAGUUUUUGGAAAAGUCAUGUCCAGAAGCUUGCUCCAGAAAUGGUUGAAAAGAAUUCCGAUUCCCUUGAGGUGGAGGAACCUCCCGAAAUCUCGAGUUCAUCUGGUGCUGGCGAUUUUGAAUUCCAGUUGCCCGGGUUGAAAGAGAAUGGUGAAUCCGAAUGCUCGGCUUCAACUAGUGGAAUUAGUUCAAGUGAGACUUUGGAUGUGCCAUCUAGUACAACUUUGAAAGAAAUUACAUUAGAUCUUGAAGCCUCGAAAGUAAGCUUCAAUUUUUUGGCAAAUGAUCCGGAAGAAGACAUGGUGCUGGAGAAAUCAGUUCUUGGGGAAGAAAGUGGGGAGCAAAACCAGCUGAAGCCGGAAAAUAGUGAUAGUUAUCAUAGCAGUACUUGCGUCAAAAAUAAAUCGGCCAGAAGGCAUAAGAAAAAGGCAGUAAAGCAAGAAUUAGAUGAAGAGCUGGAGAAGAUUUUGAAAGAGUUGGGUAUUGACGACGACAACGUAUCAAAAUCACAGCAAAAAAGAGGUUCUGGUCGUGCAAAAAGUGCCAAAAAAUUGCAGUAUUCCUUGAAAAAUGAAACCAGUUGCCAAUAUGUUACAAAUUCCGAGAAGAAUCUUGAAGCUACUCUUGUUGCCUCUUGUGAUUAUUCGUUUUCGAAAAAUGAAGAAACUGAAACUGCGCAAAUAUGCAAGUCAGAAACAGCAGUUGCUGAUAAUGAUUUGGAUAGUCAAAAUGUAAGUUUGCAAUCACUGAGCAAAAAGAAAGCAAAACGUGUUCGACAAAAAUUACGAAAACUUGAAAGUAUUAAUUCAGAAAGUUCCGAGGAAAACUCUAACUCAUGUGAAAAGAAUAGUGAAGCUUCUAAAGUAGUAGAUGUAAGCUCUAAUGUGCAGAAGAAAGUUUCUGGAAAAGAUGAAAAGAAAGACGCUAAACGACUAAGUAAGAAACAACUUCAAAUAAUUCAAGAAGCAUUGAAAAAGCAUAAAGAAGACGAAGAUCGGUUGAGGAAGGAGGAGGAAGCUAAACGGAAAGCCGCCGAGGAAGCUGAACUUGCACGCCUUGAAAAACAACGAUUAGAGCUUGAAAAGAAAACAAAAAAGAAAUUAAAAGAGAAAGAGCGAAAAGAAAAAUUGAAAUCGGAGGGAAGGUAUUUGUCUAAGUCCCAAAAGCAAUCCCGAGCUCGAAUGGAAGUUACUCUUGCUCAUUUACGGCAACAAGGUAUUAAUAUACCUGAUGUUGGCGAGAAAAAACCUCAUGGGCCACGUUUAGGAAAUGAUAAAAGUUUGAAUAGAAAGCGACAUGAUUCCGUACAAUCAAGUCAAAAUGGGGAUACAAUUGCAUUUGAAAGGAAGAAGUCGGAGUCUUUAUCCUCUCAAGAAUCUGGCAAAUACACUGUAAGUGACUUGCCUAGCAGCUUCGAGUCAAAAGACUCUUGGGAAUUCAGCUCUAUUGAAGGAUCUUCUGCUUUAACAGCAGAAUCAGGCCAUCUAAGUUGCUCUGAAGAGUCUGAUAUACUAGAUUUAGACGAGCCAUCCGGUGAUUAUACACCAGAUAGAGAAAUAAUUAACCCAACGAAUUCUACUGAAAAGAGCAAUCUCACUGAUCAUUUAAAUAGUACAAAUAUUUUGCAUUCUGAAAGUAAAUAUGUUAAAUUAAGAUCGCCAGUUGUUUGCGUGCUAGGCCAUGUCGACACCGGUAAAACGAAAAUACUUGAUUACAUAAGAAAAACUCAUGUGCAAGAUUCUGAAGCUGGUGGAAUAACCCAACAAAUUGGUGCUACUAUGAUUCCUCGGGAAGCUUUGAGAGAAAAGUGUAAAAUGGUUCAAAAUUCCUCUUCGUUCGAAAUGAAGAUUCCCGGCCUUUUAGUGAUUGAUACUCCCGGUCAUGAGUCGUUCAGUAAUUUGAGGUCAAGAGGCUCAUCUAUCUGUGAUAUAGCUAUUUUAGUUGUAGAUAUUAUGCAUGGUCUAGAACCUCAAACAAUUGAAUCCAUUAAUCUUCUGAAAAGGGGGAAGAUUCCUUUUAUUGUUGUUCUAAACAAAAUCGAUAGAUUAUAUGGUUGGAAAAGCUCAAAGGACGGUGACAUUAGAAUUACAAUAGAAUCCCAAUCGCCAGCUACCCUGAUGGAAUUUAAGAAACGAUGCCAAGACGUAGUUUUGCAGUUUGCUAAUCAAUGUUUAAAUGCUGCAUUAUUUUACGAAAACACCGACCCACGCUCUUAUGUUUCGAUGGUUCCAACAUCUGCAAUCACUGGCGAUGGAAUGGGUAAUAUGUUGGCCCUUGUAGCCCAAUAUACUCAAUCAAUGAUGCAUAAACAGUUGACAUUUUCUAAGGAGUUGGAAGCUACGGUUUUAGAAGUUAAAGCUAUUCCUGGUCUCGGCACCACAAUUGAUGUCAUACUAGUCAAUGGUCGUUUGCGUGAAGGUGACACUAUUGUCCUCGCCGGUCACGAUGGACCUUAUGUGACUCAAAUCCGUUCUCUUUUGAUGCCGCAACCAUUGAAAGAACUCAGGGUAAAAAAUCCGUAUAAGGAAUAUCGAUGUGUUGAGGGUGCGCAGGGUGUUAAAAUUACUGGCAAAGAUUUAGACAAAAGUAUUGCUGGCUUACCCUUGCUUGUUGCCGAUAAUCUUUCAAAAGUAGAGCAGCUUAAAAAGGAAUUACUCGUGCUGUUUCGGGAGUACAUGAAUUCUGUGAAGACCUCAGAAAGAGGAGUUUAUGUGCAAGCCUCCACAUUAGGUUCAUUAGAAGCUUUGUUGGAAUUCCUAAAGCAGUCGGACAUACCGUAUUUCGCGGUCAAAAUAGGCCCUGUCGUCAAGAAAGAUGUCAUGAAAGCUUCGAUAAUGCUCGAGCAUGAUGUCCAGUAUGCGUGCAUUCUAGCUUUUGAUGUGAAAAUCGAAAGGGAUGCUCAGGAGUUAGCCGACAGCCUUGGAGUUCAUGUAUUCCACGCUGAUAUCAUUUACCAUUUAUUUGAUAUGUACGUCAAGUUCAGAGAUGAACUGUUGCUGAAGAGGCGAGAUGAAAUUAAGCGCUCUUUGGUGUUUCCUUGCAAAGUGAAAGUCCUUCCAGAGUUUAUCUUCAGCCCCAAAGAUCCCAUUAUUCUUGGCGUUGCUGUUGAAGCCGGGAUUCUCAAGGAAGGUACUCCACUUUGCGUGCCGUCCAAGGACAUUGUUGAAAUUGGAACAGUUACGAGUAUUGAACUCAACCGUAAGCAGGUAAAUAGUGCCAAAAAAGGCCAAGAAGUAUGCAUUACUAUAGAGCCUAAACAAGGAGAAUCGCCUAAAAUGUACGGGAAGCAUUUUGAUGACGAAGACAUAUUGGUCAGUCGCAUAACUCGUCAAUCUAUCGAUGUAUGCAAAGAACAUUACCGCGAAGAAUUGCAGGCAUCCGAUUGGCAACUUAUUGUCGAACUGAAGAAAUUGCUUCAUAUCGUGUGAUUUUUGUGAUACAAGUACUUCAGGACCAAAAUGAGCUUUUAAUGUAGUUUGUUUUUUAUUCACCGAUUUGGUAGAAUUCUCUAAUGGAAUUGGUAUAGUCCAAGAUUGUGGUUUGAUUAAUUGCAUGUUUAGUUAAACGCACCUUUUUUCUUUUCCUUUCUAAUUUUUGAGGUUUUCGUUCAGAAACUUAUCAUUGUGCAUUUGUACAAAUCAUUCUUUGACACAUGUGUACUUGGCUUAUGUACAAUUUUCUUUUAAAAUGUUUUUUUUUUCUUCCUUUUUUUUUUUUUUUUGAAAGUAAUUUUAUGUACUUAAAAAUUUGCUUUAUAUAUAAUUACUUCUUAAACCGUUAAAUUAUUCAUACUUUGAAAAAUGCAGCAAAGUUUAAAGUUAUCAGAUACUAAAUUAUCUUAAAUUGAAUUAAAUUAAAACUUUAAUUAUCUGCUUAAAUCAGCAAAAUUAUCUAAAUAUAAGUUAUCAAGAUUGAUAAUUGUGUUCCUAAAAAUGUCUUAAAUUUUAUCUCAUUCAUAUCCUGUGUUUUCCCCCUCAAGUGCUCCCAGUGUUUCUCCUGUCGAAGUCUUGAGCCCUAAGCGAAAUAAUUAAUAUGAGUGUGUGAUCUAUUAAUAGCAGUUGAAGGGCCACGGGAAGAAUGAUCGUAAUCCACCAUGCACAAAUUUUCCUCAGUGCGCUUUUAAGCUUGAAACCUCGAAUCUUUUCCGAGUUAGCCUCGUUCUUCCCUGUUAAGGGGUUACAGUACCUCAAAAAUGACCAAACGAUCAAAAAAAAAAUUAUUGCUUAUUUCGAAACUAAACACUAGUCCAAACAUAGGGGAAAAGUUUCAUUGCUUUAGUUCAAAUAUUUAAAAAGUUAUGAAUGGUUUUAGGUCAUGCUCGCUAUGUGUUCUUAUGCAAAAAGAAAACCUUAAAUUGAUUUUUCUCGAUGAUCGUUUUUUUGUGUUUUCGUGUCAUAAGAAUCCCUAAGGAUUUUUUUCUAUUAAAGAUAAGCUUUAAAGUAUUACUUUUCGCAAUUAAGAUAAUAUAUUUAACAAAACUGUGCAUUGGUUAAGCAUUUUAUAAAUUAUUCAAAUGUUUAGAGCAUGUUAUACCUUUAAAAACCAAAUUGUUUUGAAAAAAAUUACGAUUUUUUCCGUAUUUGAUCACAGAAAAUUUUCUAGUAAACACAAAAGGAAAUGAAUGCACAGAUUUUUAGAGAUGAUGAUUGUGAUCGUUUCGCAAAAAGAUUUUUUUUAUAUUAGUUUAAAAGCAAAAAAGCCUUAGGGAUUUCAAAAAAUUGAAAUUUUCCUAAAUGUUUUGAAUUUUUUUUAAAAAAAAGCAAUAUUUUGAAAUUUUUUAAAAAAAUUAUUGAUUACAAAAUAAGUAAGAUGUUAUGGUUUCAACAAAAAGUAGAAUUUACUUAAAUUUAAAAAAAUUGCUUGAAAGGUACUGUGACCCCUUAAAACUCACUCACUGUGAUGAUUCUUGCCUGAAUAAUAUUUCUCUUAAAUACUGUGUAAUAAUCUACGUGUUCCCAUUAGUUAAUCAAAGUUUUUUUAGAAAAAUGAACUUUGAUUGUUCUUCCCCGUAGCCCUUCAGUUGGAAAUCAGCUUUUGCCUGCUAUCCAGAGGAAUAAAAAAAUUUCAUCUAAAAUUUGAUAAUUUAUUGAAGGCAGAAGGUUAAUUUUGCACUUCGGGGGUAAAUUUUUUUAAGCUGUACUUAUUAGUUACAUUGAUAUUUUGAAAUAGGUAUUGAUUUGUUUGUGCAUUUCUUUUAUUUUCUCUGUGUAAUUUUCUCAUUUUAUUGUUUAGUUAUAAUGUUUUCCUGUAGCUCAUUUAUCAUGUUAUUACAUUGUAGUAAAUGAAAUUUUUGGAUGAAAAUUUUUCAAAGAUGCCGGUGAAAUUGGAGAACAUUUUUCGAAUUUAUUAUUGUUAUUAUUAUUAUUUUGUACGAGAAGAUGCUUUAUCAGACAAUGGCAGGAGUGCUUAGCAUAGUCUGUCUAUAUGGCAUAUAUUCGCUGUUCGUAUUAGCAAAUGUCUAUCAAAAAAAGGCCUCGUGUUUGUAAUGCAAGCAUUGCGGGGAAAAAAACCCGUUUAAAAGUGAUAAUUAUUUAUUUUCCUGUACUUUGUUCAAUUGAGAAAAUGGCAUUCUACAAAAAGAGUAAAUUUAAUAUCUUGUAAAAGCAGAUGACUAAAAAAGAUUUGUAUCAAUUUUACGUUUUUUUUCUUUGAAAAAGAUUUAUUCCUUAGUUCGUUUUAACAAUUCAAUUUUAACCAAAAAUUCUAACUUCGAAUGAUUAUUAUUUUCUAAGAUAUGGAAAAAAUUCAUAUAAAAGAAUAAUUCCGUCGGCUUCUAUAAUUAUACUACUAGAAGUUUUCCCCCUUUUAAACAUAGACGUCUGUUAGAUUCACGAUAUAUUUCCCUCCUAAUGUUUUCAUUCGAAGGUUUCAUUUCAAACUUUUUGUUCUGUUGAAUGUAUUCUCAUAUUUUUACAGAAAGCAAGUCCAUUAUUCAAAUUGGAAUGAUUUUCGUAAUGGUGGUUUUUGACAAUGCGGUUUUGGAAAGUUGUUAAAAGUUGGCGCUAAGGUUCGUCAGUUUAGAGCCAAAAGAUCGGAAAAGAACAGUUGAAGCGCCAAGAAACAAAGGAAUAUUAGUGCCAAAAAUGGAAAAUUUGCAACUAGCAGAAAAGGUUGGGGGAACUCAAACUGUCUCGUGUUUAGUGGCAGAGAUGGUAAUGGUAGCCUUGGCAAGUGUUACAAUGCAGCCUGAUUUCAAAACACUUUUCAAUUAAAAGUCUACAUGUCUUGAACUUUACACUAGUUUUGCUGAAAAUUUCUGCUGCGUGAAUUCCUUUGCUUCUCGCUGCUUUAGUUGGUAUUAUGUAUUUGCAAUUAAACCAAAAAACGUAGAAAAAUAAGUUAUUGCAUCUAGAGCCGCUUUAUAGAUAAGUCGACGCAUCAGUUAAGUUUAGCCAUUUUGGAUCGGAUUUUCAUUGUUGCGCUGCUAGGGUUACCACAGCAAAGUUUCGAAUUUCGCCAAAUUUGCCGAAAAUAAUAUUUGAUUCAAUAAACAGUUCACGUGCCGCUAAUAAUUACUCACAGUGAACAAUCGCCAAACGCGAUGACUCGCCAGAAAAGACAACCACUCAAACACGCGCUCCCAUCCAAAAUGGCUAAUCUUAAGCUGAUGCGUCGGCUCGUAUACAUAGGGCCUUAAUUGCAUCUAACCAGGGAAUCUCAUUAACAGUGUAAUAAUGAAAAUAGUUUAGAUAGGUUGGAAUAGAAAGAGCAAACUGACGUGAGACUUUUUUUUAUUUAUAAAUUAUUUGCCUUCUUCCCCCUUGUAGAAAGCCAUAUUAUCCGUCGAAAUUUUAGAAAAGUCGCUAAAGUAAACGACUUGACCAGGAAUGGGAAGUUAUCACGAGGACGUGAUUUCGCCGCUUUCUUGUGGCAAGACAUCCGCCCAUCUACAAAGCUUGUGAAAUGUCUUCCAUUUCUCACCACAAAUAGCUAAAUUUGGCGACAUUUCUAAAUAUUUUGGUAGACUUUUAGACCUCAUUUCGAUAACGGGGAACACGAGGCAAAUAGUUUAUUCGUCCAAAAACAUGUUUUACUCAUUCGAUCGCUACCUUUUUUCAUCAUCAUACUAUCCAGGGUUUUUUGGUUUAAACCAAAUGAUUUUUUUUAAAAACCAUGUGGUUUUUUCAAAAAAAAAAAAAAAUUUUUUGUAAAAUUUAAUUGUUUUCCCCCAAAUUUUUUCAUAAAUUUUACAUAUUAUUGCAGAGAGAAAUCUAAAUUUUAUUUUGUCUUUCCUUUUUUAAAUCUAUGAAGCUUUCCUAUUAGGUAAAUAAAUAUACAAGGCAGACCAACUAAGUUUUUCUAAUAUUACAUGAAAAAAAAAAAAAAUCCAAGUAGCUCUUUUAUAACUUUUUAACUAUCAUUAUUUUUCAGUCUUCUGCAUUUCAAAAAAAUCCAAAAAGCAUAUUUCAACCAAAACUUCAUGUACUACCUAAUUUGCUUGAUUAAGAGAAAAAAAAUAAUUAAAGAAGUCCUAGAACACUUAGAGUAGGCAUAAAAUUGCGCUUAUACCUGCACACUUUUUGUAUCCCCGAUAGACGAUGCAGUGAGAGCAAGAAAAGAAAAUGUAUAAAAUUAUGAAAACAGAAAACAUCCAUGUAAACUUUUUGUCUGCGGAUAUUUUGAUUCAGUGUAAGUAAUGCUAUAGGAAUUUGUUUUAUUUAAUAAUCACUAGAAUUAAUGUGUAUCAUGAACAUGCGUGGGCUCAUGCAGACUAAUGACUGCAUGAAAAAUGCUGAGAAAAGGGACAAAUGAAAAGAGAAUGUGAGUUUUCCCCAUGUUUCUAAUGAGGAGCCAAGAUGCUCAAAAUCAGGAAAAUACGAUCAUAAAGAGAGUAUUUUGUACCAAAUGAAUCGUUCUUCAUUCUUUUACAACAUUCUUAAGUUGAAAACUUUCAAAAGACUUCUUUUUCAAAUAGAAGAGUUUGAAAUCCACAAAAAUGCGGAGAUUCGGGUUUUCGUCUGUUACAGUACCCACUGUGCCGUUUAAUACCCGCAUGACUUCAGGUGAAUAGUCCAUUGUUGCAUACAAAUAGAAAUUAUUUCCGCUCGCUAUAAAUUUAGAAAUUUUUUUUAAUUUCUUCAACAGUCACCGUUACUGAAAAUCACUCCGAUAAUUGCCCAUUGAAGUUUUGUGUAUGCUAUGUGAUUCUUAUGUCAUUAUUUACUAGGUUUUGCUCAAAAUUUUUGUGUUGUUAUCACUGUUACAUUUGUUUAGAAAGUGAGACUAGGGUGAUUUGUGUUAUUUUUUAAUUAAAAUUUUCCUCCGCGCACUCUCAUCUCUUGCAUUAAUUGGUUGCCAAAUUCUGUUAUUUUGUACAUUGCAUUCUUGCCUUUGAUAAUUUUCGUUUUGCACGUUGGCAGUUCAUUUGUAAAUGAACAUAUUUUUGAGAGUAAUAAAAAGAGUU